CACAAUCACAAUCAACAAACAUGUCAAAGGCCGAGCAAUUACCAGAUUUAAGUCAUCGAACACUCUUCGAUAUGAGUGGAAAGGUGAUCGUGGUGACAGGAGGUGGAACAGGUUUAGGGUACAUGAUGUCAACUGCAUUCGUUCAAAGUGGUUGUGAAAGAAUAUACAUUUGUUCAAGAAAGAUGAAAAAUUUGGAAAAAGCGGCAAAUUCAUUAAAUGCGAUUCGAAAAGGCGUUUGUAUUCCGUUGGAAGCUGAUCUUACAGAUGCAAAAGGAUGUAAAGAACUAGGAGAAGAAAUUGCAAAACGUGAGAAUAAGAUUCACGUUUUGGUAAACAAUAGUGGAGUAGCAUGGGCAGCGCCAAUGGAGAAAUUCGAUGAACAAAAAGGGUGGGACAGAGUGAUGGCUGUUAAUGUCAAAAGCGUAUUCUACCUCACAGUUGCUUUGUUGCCUUUACUCAAAAAGGAUGCGAACAUUGAUAACCCAGCAAGUGUGAUCAACAUCUCUUCCAUGUAUGCAACUUUACCUUUCCCAAAUAUGCCUUCUUCGGCAAUCGGAACGGGAGGCUGGAGUUACUUGGCAUCAAAAGCUGCCGUCAGUCAUCUAACAAGAACAAUGGCAGCAAGCUUAAAGCCAUCUCACGUUAACGUCGCCGCUAUAGCACCCGGUUACUUCCCUAGUUUGAUGACAAAACAUGGUGAUGGCAGUAUCUACGAUCGAUCCCAGCCUGCCGGGAGGCAGGGAACACCACCCGACAUUGCAGGUCCAGCUCUCCUUCUAGCCGGAAGAGGUGGUGCACAUCUGAGUGGAAUCAUCUUGGGCACAGAUGGUGGAAUUCUAUCACAAAACUUCAAAGCUCUUCCUAAAGAGAUCUCUGAUUAUUGGCUACCGGAAGGAUGGAAAACGCAAGAAGACGUUCGACCGGGUCAAAGCAAGCUUUAAAUGUGUAAAAAUACAGUAUUACGAUCAGUGU